AUGUAUGCUUUGCAAGAUGUCCCUGGAAAGGGCAAAGGGCUCGUCGCUACCGAAAUGAUCCCGAAUGGUACACGAAUCUUAUGCGAAAAACCCAUUCUGUGGAUACCUUACAAAGGGCUAAAAAGUAAAGAGAUGGAAAGUGUGGUAUUCCGAAAGACCCAGGCUCUCGACGACACUCAACUAGACAUUGUCCUAUCGCUUCGAAACGUCCAUGAGUUCAACAGUGUAUCUGAGCAGUAUGCAGGAAUCAUCCGAACAAAUGGACUACCCAUAGGGGCAGAUGGAUCGGAUGCAGGGAUUUUCGAGCAUGCCUGUCGCAUCAAUCACGCCUGUAGUAACAAUGCACAAAAGAGUUGGAACGAGAAUCUUAAGCGACAUACGGUGCAUGCACUGCGUGACAUACAGCAAGGCGAGGAGAUCACCAUCUUUUACCUGCGCACCCUCGAGAGCCGCAGCCGGAGACAAGCCAACUUGAAAGCAAAGUUUCUCUUCACUUGUUCUUGCAGUCUCUGUGCGUUGGGGCGAAAAGAGAGCCGCGAAAGCGAUGUCAGACUAGGAGCCAUCUUGAGGCUUGAAAGUCUGAUCUCGCAGGGAGGAUUGGAAGCGAUCUUGACAUCACUGCUGCAGAUGCUGCGCUAUUCAGAUGAGCAGAUUCAGUGUUACGAGCAGCACGGGCCAGGGGAUGCAGGUCUGGCUCGCGCUUUUUUUGACGCUGCUCAGAUGGUCAUCACACAUGGAGACCUAGCGCGAGGAAGGAUAUUUGCAAGGAAAGCAAUAUCUGAGUGGGAAAGGACUGCAGGCAACGACUGCAUGGAGGUCAUACAUCACCGAAAGCUAUCCGAGGAUCCCUCACGAUCAGAACUAUACGGCCUAUCUAUGAAAUGGAAAACCGGAGUGAGUGAUACUCCGACUGGACUGCAGCCGAACGCUUUUGAGGACUGGCUCUGGAGAAGAAAAGCGACAAACAAGAAGAGAAAUGCAAAGGCUCACGACAAGAAAAAACAUAUUCAGACGCUGUUUACCAUGAGAGAAAUUCCGGGUAAAGGCCAAGGUAUCGUCGCAACUACGAAAAUCCACAAAGGUACUCGCAUACUAGCCGAAAGCCCGUUAUUCAUUGUGCAAAAAAAACAACCGAACGUCAAGGUCGCGGGAGUCGACAUUUGUCGAGAGAUUGAACGUCUUAGCGACAAGCAGAAGCAGGAUUUCUUUGCGUUGCAUAACAGCCACGGAAACCGGUAUACCCCAGAGUUAGGCAUUUGCAAGACCAAUGCGCUACCACUGGGGUCCGAAGCCACGGAAGGGGGCCUUUUUCUCCAAGCAUCCAGAAUCAACCAUUCUUGCCGGCACAAUGCACAGAAUACCUGGAACGAGAGACUUAACAAGAUCACCAUUCAUGUGUUCCGAGAUAUCGAAGAGGGAGAAGAAAUCACCAUAUCGUACCUAAGCGGGUCAACUUUGCAUCAUGCCCUCGGUCAUCUCUUGCAGAGCGAUGAGAGGCUCGCAAAGAUUGAAAGCCUUGACAAGAAAAUUGGCGAUGGCAUAAGUAUCAUUUCGACCCCACUUGCCUCGCUUGGUGCCGCGCGCUCACUCCUUCAACUCGUUGAGGAGGAGGGCAUAGCUGAUGCUAGAGUGCCGAGGGUUUAUUAUGACGCAUUCCAGAUUGCCAUAGCGAAUGGCGAUCAAGCGAGGGCCAGAGUGUUUGCCCAGCGGGCAAAGGAUGCAUGGGUGAUUUUGCAGGGUGAUGACGGUCCUGAUGCAAUACGGCUAGGCAAAUACGCAGACUCUCCGGCUGCGCAUAGGCUCUUUGGCACAGCGGACAAAUGGAAGCAGGCGGUAGCGAAGGUCCCCACGGAGCUGAAUGCUCAAGAUUUUGAAAGUUGGCUGUGGAAGCAGCGACGAUAA